AUGAGCGUAUCGGAAGCAGUCACUGCAGUUGUCGCGUUUGCCGGCUCCAUCGUGGAUAAAAUGGACACGACAGACAAGACCGUGUUCGAACAAAUGGUUUCCAAGCUCAACUUAGCCCCGCCUCCGGGAGAUGGUCCAGAAGACACGCCCUUCCGUCAAUAUCCCACCGUCAAUUACCCACGCCUGCCCUCUCCUCCACCACCCGACAAUUGGCCGUCAAGUGACUACUGUCCACCGGAUUUUGACCCUGGACAGGCGACCUUCCUGUCACCUCUACUAGCGCCUAUCCUCCCGACCUAUGAUACUAUCGUCGGACUGUCAAGUCUCCCCACUGAGACCUACUACAGAAGGCAUCCCUACUUUCGCAGGCACCAGGGCACCCGCAACGCCACCGUUACGAGAUACAAGAUACCAAUGUUGUUCCAAAAAAGUGGGACACUUGUCCAGUAUGUCCAGGGUGUCAUCCCCAGGAGCCUGUUCUCGACCAGCAGCAUGUCAUUCCUCGAUAUACACGUCAGCAAUCACUAUCGCUACGACCCGUGGUGGCCCCGAUUCCAGAGAAAGACUGGAAACUGGGCUACGACCGGACUGCCGACGCGCCGCCGCAUGUUUUUGUAA